AAGUAACUCACAUUCAAUGUAGUUCACUCGCGAAGAUAGCGUUUUACGGUCGGUUUUAGAAUGACCUCCAUUCAGGAACUCGAACAUUCGGCCGCCAUAAUGAUGGCUCCGCCAAAUGCCGUGACGCAACAACAACGCCAGUCCGCCGAACAAGUGUUCCUGAAUUUUAGAAGAUCAAAGUCACCUUACCUGGCAUGCAGGCAGAUCCUUGAGCAAAGCAAGAAUGAUUAUUUGCUGUUUCAAGCUGCCUCAACAAUCAAAGAGGCCAUCCUUCGUGAGUGGACAAUUCUUGAAAAAGCAGAUGUGGAAUCCUUGAGAUCAUUCCUAUUGACAUUUGUGACCCAUAAACAAGGUGUUCAAAAGUAUGUGAAGGAGCAAGUGUUGCAAGUAGUGGCUGUCAUCUGUAAGAGAAGCAUAGUAGAAAAUUCACACAUCAUACAAGAAUCUCUGCUUAAAGAUGUUACGCAGCUAAUGACAAGCAACAAUAGAGGCAUGCAAAUUCUGGGUUGCAUGAUUCUACGCGCACUUUUGAAUGAGUUCGCCUUCCAUACACGUAGCAGUGACAUUGGCUUGAGUUGGGAAUUUCACAUCCAGUGUAAGAAAUCUUUUGAGGUUCAAGCUCUGCGACAAAUCUUCAUGCUGGUAGUACAAGCCAUGCAGCAGUUCUUGGUGACAGAAUUGAAUCUCCUUUCAGUACAAGACACUUCUGCUUUAGUGCACUUGACAUCUUUAGCUGAACAGAUUUUGAGUUGGGAUUUUUCAAAGUUUGGUCACAGAAAAAAUCUUGUGUCAGGGGAAGCAGCAGCUGUGAUCCUGUUUAGACCAGGUACUUCUUGGAGAGAGCUUAUCUUUGAUCCUGCUCUGGUGAGCUUGUUUUGCAAGCUUCAGCUAACGAUGCAGGCCAAUGAUGAAAUAUGCCACCACUGUGGGCAGUGCUUAAUCCAGCUUGCCUCCCUCUCUGGUGAGGUAUUUCAAGAUACGCUGUCGCAAACACAAUACCUAUCUAAUUUUGUGGAGGGAUUUCUACAAAUCUCAAAAAGCUUGGAGAUGAAUGGACAAGCAGCAUUGUGCCUUGGUAGCAUUGUGAACCGUCUUCUUUGUGUUUUUCCUAUUUAUGCCAUCACGGCUUUACCCAUUGAGACACUAAGACUGUUUGGAGAAUCCAUGACUGACCUGACAUGUUCCUUUUUACAAGCUGUUGCAAAAGAAGAAGAGCUGAACACGGAAGACACAAGCUAUAUAGAAGCUGUAGAACAAUUCUUGGAAGGAUGGGCUAGCCUAUUGGAGCAGUCGGGACUGUUUCCAAAAGGAAUAUUCAGUGACAGUGCCACUAAGAUAUUAAACUGCUAUGUUCAGUGUCAUUUGGCUGCUCCAGAUGGUUUGCGUGGGACAUUUUCCUAUCAGAUUGACAAUGGAAUUCACCUUGAUGAGAUCUGUGAUCUGGAUAGUGAUGACAGAGAACUCUUUGUUGAUCAGUUGUGUACUAUUGGCAGCUUUGGUCGUCUCAUACCAGAACAUGCUCUUAACCUUCUUACAAAACUCCUAGAAAGUAGAGCUGAUCAGUUUGAAAAGUAUCUCUCCACUAUCCAGUAUUCUACAGGUCCUUUACCCUCUGGCUUUCCCGGCAUGGAUAACCUUUAUGAAGACCUUCAUUGGUUACUUCUAAUUUCUGGCUAUUUUCUUGCUGAUGAUAGCAAUGGGGAGAAACCACUUAUUCCAAAAGAAAUUAUAUCAUAUUCAUCAAGUUUAGAAAGUCAUGUUGAUGUGCAGGCUACUUUUCAGUGUCUCUGUUCAUUGCGAAACCAAGGGAAUGCUGACAGUAUACAGGACUCUUCCAGAGUUGAUCCAGUUGUGAGACUCGUGUCGGUCAUCUUCCGCUUGGCAAACCUGGAGAAACAGGCUUUAGGAUCUGGUUUAUCAGAACUGUUAAGCCCCCAGGUUGGGCGGAGUAUUGUCUGGUGCCUGAGGCAUUGGGCUAAGUCGUAUCUGUUACCAGAUGAGAAGGACUAUGACAAGCUUAGCGUGUCUCUUAUGUCUGUGUUUGGAACAUGCACUGAUGGUGGAAAGUGGACAUUAGGAUUCCUACUGGAUAAAGUCAGGACCAAUUUAUCGGGAUGGUCUGCGGAGUCGCAGAUUGUCGAGGACGCUGCUCUGUUGCUGUUAAGCUUAGUGGACAGCAAAAACAGGGCAGAAGUGGCUAUCUCGUUCGACAGUCUUUGGCUCCUAGCACAAGAACACAUGUCUAAAACUUCUGUACUGCACGAACUUCCACCUGAAGUGUUGCGGUACCUUACACAGGCUCUUGUGCUGGCUGGAUCAGUCGGGGACGAUACUGCUGCGAGAAAGAAAUACUUAGAUCAACUUCUACAGACCCUACAGUCGCACUUCCUAGGCAUUUGUCACCAGCCAGACUUUACUAAAUUGUCCCAAAAGGAACCAGUACGAAGCCAGAUGCAGUGUUUGUUAGAGUCCUUCAGAGGAGCAGCUUUGGCGGCAAAUCGACACAGUGCGAACACACUUUUCAACUAUCUCCUUCCUGUGCUCUCGAACUGUGUGCCCCUGGUUAAUGUGUAUCAGAAUUGUCCCGAAGUAGUUGUUCUGGUUUUUGAAUUGUUUGUGGAUGUAGUCGACUCCCAAAUUGCUUAUAUUGAGGAGCAUGAAUUACCAAGACUUUAUGAAGUUUGUUUGGGGCUUGUUCAGACGUAUGGGAAAUGCAACCUGGGAAAAAUAAGUGAGGAUUCGCUGGAAGAAGAGGAGCAACUGAACGAUCUUCUUCUCUUGAUAAAACUCCUUUCCAGCUUGCUGUCCAAGGAUAACCUCGAUUUUGGCUCGGGUGAAGACCAGAAAGUGACACCGUCUGACUUGGCGUUCUAUGGUCUUCAUGUUAUCAUACCUCUAAUGUCCCCAGAGGUUCUCGAGUUUCCAAUACUGUGUACAGAGUUUUUCAAGCUGACGACCUAUGUGUGCGAAAUGUACCCUGAAAAGAUGUCUGUUCUGCCAGAGGAGCUGUUCAAGAGCCUCAUGGCUUCAUUAGAAGUGGGACUGACAAAUUACGGUGCCGAUGUCACAAAAAUGUCCUUAGAGGCUCUUUCUUCGUUAGCAACCUACUGCUUUGACGAGACGCAGAAAAAUGUGAGGGUACCCAUUCACGAGGUUCUUCAGCAUUUCUUGAAGACUCUGUUUGAUAUGCUUCUUCUAAAGUCAUUUGACAUGGAUUUGCUUCAACCAGCAGCGGAAGCCUUUCUUGCUUUGAUUUGUUGUCAUCAGAUGUAUUAUACCGAGUUGGUGCGUAGCCUUUUGGCGCAACAGACGGACCAAGUUUUAGGUCAGCGACUUUUAGACGCCUUCAAUCAACUAACUCCGAGCAACAUGAAGUUAUCACUGGACAGACUCAACAAGAUGCAAUUCAGGAAAAGUCUGGACUUGUUUCUUAGGAGUGUCAAAGGUUUUCUUUGCGUCAAAUAGAAACUUCUUUGAUAAAGUAAAAAAAAAAAACAUGCGCAGAUUCUGCAUGUGCAGGUACAUGUCAAUUCGCCGCUGAACAUACCAUUUACAGCGGUUCAUAUCACCGACCAGCUUCAUAUUAGCCCGCGCUUUCGCACCAUGGGAAAACUAAGAGGAGCUGGGAAGGAGUUAAGAAAACAUCUGCCAGCCUACCCUUCCUCUGAUGACAGUAUGAAAGCUUGGGGGCAGGAAACCAGAAAAGCAUUCCUUUCCUUCAGCACACUAUCGCGCUGCACAAUUAUGCUUAAAAAAAAAAAGAGAAAAGAAAUCACGCGUGGUACAACUUAAUAAUUGCGUGAUGUUUGAAAUUUUAGCUUUCAACUUAACCGAAAUCCACUAUUUAAUAAUGGUAAACGCCACAGUGUACACUAUUGAGUUAUGGAUGCACUUGUGAGGUUUGCUAAGCACUCGAGAAGCUAG